AUGUUUAUACGAUUAAACCUAGACUUUUACCGCGACAGUAUUAUUGAUGAUUGGACGUGUCUUAACUUGGUAGAUUUUUAUCGAGCAGAACUAAAACAAAAGGAUUUGAAACAAGUGCUGGACCGGAUAAAGAAAGACCUUGCAGAGGUGGCAAACCCCGAACUUGGAUUUGACGUGACAAGAAGAAAAAGGGCUCAGCAAAUUCUGGACAACUGGAAAACUUCUAAAGUUUUGUCUGUUAAGAGUUGGGCUAUGUCAGUAAAGAAUGUUAAAAAGGAUUGUGCACGAGUCAAGGUCAAACAUCUGCAGGUAAUAGUAAAGCAGAUAAAUCAGCUUUCAACCGGAGGUGUAGCUAUAUAUAAUGAUAAUCACCACACGAUUUUGGGGAAACGUCGUCAAGAAGCAGAUGAUGAAAAUAAUAUGAAUAUCGAAGGGGCUGCAGGAUCUGAAAAAAGAACAAGAGUUGCUGUAUCGGACUAUUGUAAAUUGAAAACAACAGAUGAGGAGGUCGAUCUCUUUGAAACCAUCUCUCAAGAAAAUGAAAGGGAAGCUACAGACACAGACAAAAACUUUCCUCAAGAAAACGAAGAGAAAGCAACAGCCAUGAGACAAGUCAGUGAUCUUAAUGAAGAGCAGGAACUAAUAUGGUCAAAUGAAAGGAGUUUUAUGUUUGUCAGAGUAGUUUCAUAA